GGGCGUCCCGCCGUGACAGCCGCAGACGAGAGGCGGAGGGAGAAAGGACGCUGGUGGAAGCUGGUGCGAGGGAGUGGGGGGAGUCCUUGGUUGUGCUCGUUGGUCUGCACUAUGAACAAUCGGGUAACCUAAAGGAUGUUCUGAAACACAGCCAGGGAACUGAGAAUGUGAUUGUCAUCAAUCUGCCCACUGAUUAUGAUCGCAUUGCAGAGAUUGAAGUAUUGAAUGUUUGAGUCAGGUUGUUUGCCGUAAGGCUCUUCACGAGGCCAUCUGUUGAAGGUUGCUUAUAAUUGGUGUACCCUCCUGUGCCAUUUUGAAGAUGGUGAAGCCUGACCUUCACACUUUGGCCCAUCACCUCAAGCAAGAACGUCUUUAUGUGAACUCUGAAAAACAAUUGCUUCAGCGGUUAAAUGCUGAAGUGCUCAAAACUGCAGAAAAACUAUACUGUUCAGCAUGGAUUGCAAAGCAACAGCGAAUUAACUUAGACCGUCUAAUAUUAACAAGUGUUGAAGCAUCUCCAGCAGAAUGCUGCAAACAUGCAAAGAUCUUGGAGGAUACUCAGUUUGUGGAUGGUUACAAGCAGUUGGGUUUCCAAGAGACGCUGUACGGUGAAUUUUUAAAUCGACUCAGAGAAAACCCACGACUUGUUGCCUCGUGUCUUGUUGCUGGGGAGAAGCUUAAUCAUGAGAGUACCCACAGUGUCAUUCUGACAGUGUUUACUGCCCUUUAUGGGAACUGCAUUAUGCAGGAAGAUGAGAGUUACCUCCUGCAGGUGUUGCGUUACCUGAUUGAGUUUGAACUGAAAGAAAGUGAUAAUCCUCGGCGGUUGCUUCGAAAAGGUGCCUGUACCUUCAGCAUUUUAUUCAAACUUUUUUCGGAGGGGCUGUACUCGGCCAAGCUUUUCCUCACUGCAACCUUGCACGAACCAAUAAUGCUGCUUCUUGUGGAAGAUGAGGAUCACUUGGAAACUGAUCCAAAUAAGCUUAUUGAAAGAUUUACUCCAGCACAGCAGGAGAAACUUUUUGGGGAAAAAGGUACAGAGCAGUUCAGACGGAAGGUGCAGGAGAUGGUAGAGAGCAACGAAGCAAAGCUAGUAGCUUUGGUAAACAAAUUUAUUGGAUAUCUCAAACAGAAUACGUACUGUUUUCCGCAUAGCUUACGUUGGAUUGUAUCUCAAAUGUAUAAAACCUUAUCUUGCAUGGAGGGGCUGGAUAUUGGGGAGGUGAAGGCCAUGUGCACAGAUCUAUUGCUUGCCUACUUCAUUUGCCCAGCAAUUGUGAAUCCAGAACAGUAUGGGAUAAUUUCUGAUGCGCCAAUUAACGAAGUGGCAAGAUUUAAUUUGAUGCAGGUGGGUCAACUCUUACAACAGUUGGCAAUGAUGGGAAGUGAGGAGGCCGAUCCACGACUGAAGAACAGCCUUUCCAAGUUUGAUAAAAGUUGCGUUGCAGCUUUCUUGGAUGUGAUCAUUGGAGGCCGUACAGUGGAAACCCCUCCCAUGUCCUCAGUGAAUUUGCUGGAAGGACUCAGCAGAACUGUGGUCUACAUGACACACAGCCAACUUCUGAACUUGGUUAGCUUUGCAAGACAUGUAAUGCCAGGAGAAUUGCUAAGAGAAGAGGACAGAAUGGCUCUGGAAAACCUUAUCAUUAAUGUUCCACAUCAUAGAACAGGGAAGAGCAAUAGUCUUGAGCUGACUCCAUCCAGCACACCCCAGCUGUCUCCUGCGACUACUCCAGCCAACAAAAAAAAUCGACUGCAAAUAGCUGGAAGAAAUAAAACCAGGACAAAUGAAGCCAAGGAUCACACAGAACAUGAAAAUGCAAUACAAGAAACCCUGCAGGAAGUGCAGCCUGAAGAAGUAUUGGUCAUUUCACUGGGCGUUGCUUCACAGAUGACACCGGGGAUGAUGUCUGAAAAUGAGGUGCUGAGCAUGCAGCUUUCUGAGAGUGGCCAGGGUGAAGUACCCGUAGAGGAUGGAAAACUCCAUGGGAAACCAGAUAAAACUCUGCGCUUUUCUCUGUGCAGUGAUAAUAUGGAGGGAAUAUCAGAAGGACCUUCAAACCGAUCAAACUCUGUGUCGUCAUUGGAUCUGGAAGGAGAAUCUGUCUCUGAACUUGGAGCAGGACCGUCUGGGAGUAACGGGGUUGAGGCUUUACAGUUGUUGGAACAUGAGCAAGCCACCACCCAAGACAAUCUUGAUGACAAACUCCGUAAAUUUGAAAUUAGGGACAUGAUGGGGCUGACAGAUGACAGGGACAUUUCGGAAACUGUGAGUGAGACUUGGAGCACAGAUGUCCUGGGAAGUGAUUUUGAUCCGAACAUUGAUGAAGAUAGACUACAAGAUAUUGCAGGUGCAGCAGCAGAGAAUAUGCUGGGUAGUUUGCUAGGAUUACCAGGUUCAAGUUCAGUGCUACUCGAUCCCUGCACAGGGUCGACGAUCUCUGAAACGACCAGUGAGGCCUGGAGUGUGGAGGUUCUGCCAAGUGACUCGGAAGCUACAGAUCUGAAGCAGGAGGAGCGAUUACAAGAGCUGGAAAGUUGCUCUGGGGUGGGCAGCACAUCUGAUGAUACCGAUGUGAGAGAAGUGAGCUCGAGGCCCAGUACUCCUGGACUUAGUGUUGUGUCAGGCUUUUUACACAAUUUAACAGGCAUCAGUGUUACCUCAGAAGAUAUACCCAACAAGGUUGAGGAUAUACGAUCAGAAUGCAGCUCUGACUUUGGAGGAAAAGAUUCUGUAACAAGCCCUGAUGUAGAGGAAGUUGUACAAGGUGGACAUCAAAUGACUUCUUCACUUUCCCAGACAGACACAUUGCUCGCGAUGUUUGAUCCACUGUCUUCAGAUGCUUCAAGCAUACCUUCAAUAGUCAGACCUAAAGUGCACUAUGCAAGACCAUCACACCCACCACCGGAUCCUCCAAUAUUAGAAGGUGCUAUAGGGGGCAGUGACGCCCGAUUACCACCGUUUGCGUCACAUAUUUGCUGCCAAACUGAAGCUGAGCUGCUUAAACAGCGACACUCCUUUCCAGAAAGGCUGGUACGCAGCAGGAGUUCUGAUGUUGUUCUGGCAUCUCGAAGACCAAUGAGUGAUCCUGGGUGGAAUAUUCCAGGCAGUAGAAGGGCAGCAAAUGAAGAGCUGUUUGCAUCUGGGGCAGCAACUGGAAUCUGUGGACCAACUUCAUCUCCAAGCAAAGACUCCCUGGGAGAGGAUAGAAAGGACAGUGACGAUGAGAAAUCGGAUCGUAGCAAAUCUUGGUGGAAGAAGCGCUUUGUAUCUGCUAUUCCUAAAGCUCCCAUUUCCUUCAGGAAGAAUAAAGAUAAGCAAGAAAAAGACAGAGAAGAUGGUGCACAGGAAAGGUUUCAGGCCAUGCCAGGUUGGCUGAUCCUACCUUUCAUAAAGAAUGAUGAGCCAAUCCCCAAAUUGAACGCACAAGCCCAGGCUGCCGAGGAUAUUCUGGAUAAAUACAGAAGUGCUAUUAAACGGUCCAGUCCAAGUGAAGCAGUUGCAAAUGAUGAGGUUACAGAGGUUAUUGGAGAUGAAAGUGUGCAUGAUUCGCCACGUGACGAAACUCUUCAGAACCUUUCAGCAGAUGAUCUGCCAGACUCGGCCAGUCAGACUGCCCAGACUCAAGACUCCACAUUCUCCUUUAGGGAUGCAAAGAAGAAAUUGCGAAUGGCCCUGUGCUCAGCUGACUCAAUUGCCUUCCCUUUGGUGAGCCAUUCAGCAACAAGAAAUGGGCCUUCUGGAGGACUGGAUCAGGGAGAAUCUGAGGAUAAUGAGAUUGUCUGUUUUCUCAAAGUUCAGUUGGCCGAAGCCAUCAAUUUGCAAGAUAAGCACUUGAUGGCACAGAUUCAAGAAACAAUGCGCUGCGUUAGCAGAUUUGACAACAGGACCUGCCGCAAGUUGCUUGCUGCCAUUGCUGAGGACUAUAGAAAACGAGCUCCAUAUAUCGCUUAUCUGACACGAUGUCGCCAGGGGCUCCAGACUACACAAGCCCACCUUGAGAGACUCUUGCAAAGGGUGCUGAGAGAUAAAGAAGUUGCCAACAGAUAUUUCACAACAGUUUGUGUGAGACUAUUGCUUGAAAGUAGGGAGAAGCAUAUUCUGGAAUUUAUUAAAGACUUCCAGAAUCUCACUGCAGCAGAUGACAAAACAGCCUUAGUGGAAGAAUUCUUGCAGUCGUUGUAUGGAGCGAUGGCACAGGAUGUUAUCUGGCAGAACGCCAGUGAGGAACAGCUCCAGGAUGCACAGAUGGCAAUUGAGCGCAGUGUCAUGAACCGCAUUUUCAAACUUGCCUUCUACCCCAAUCAGGAUGGUGAUAUUUUACGUGACCAGCUCUUCUAUGAGCACAUUCAACGUCUCUGUAAAGUUGUCACUGCAAAUCACAGGGCACUUCAAAUUCCAGAGGUGUAUUUGAAAGAGGCUCCAUGGCCGUCCGCACAGUCAGAGGUUCGAACAAUCAAUGCAUACAAGACCCCAAGAGAUAAAGUUCAGUGUAUCCUGCGAAUGUGCUCCACCAUAAUGAAUCUGUUAAGCUUGGCCAAUGAGGACUCAGUCCCUGGAGCAGAUGACUUUGUUCCCGUUCUUGUCUUUGUCCUCAUCAAGGCUAACCCACCCUGCCUGCUGUCCACUGUUCAGUACAUCAAUAAUUUCUAUGCCAGCCGGCUCAGUGGAGAGGAAUCCUAUUGGUGGAUGCAGUUCACAGCAGCAGUUGAAUUCAUUAAAACCAUUGAUGAUCGCAAGUGAUGCAGAACACCACCUGCAUGACAGACUGUUAGGAAAAGUGAAAAGAUUUGCACCAACUGUUUGCGAGAAGGAGAGCUGGAGACUGAAUCUUCUCUUGUAUAGUACAUGUACAUAGUGUGGAGACAUUUAAAUGAAAAAAAAAGAACUAGAUUCAGUGGAUCUUUACCAAAAUUAACAAUCAGAUUUACUAACAGGUCUUUGUAUUACUGUCAGCAAUGCGAAAAGGGACCACACUUUUUCAGGUAUUUCAGAACUUGAAACUGUACUGUAAGCAAAUGACCCCUCUUCCCAUCUGUUAUUCUGGUCUGCAUGAGUUCUCAACUGGGGCCUUAAGCAAGUGUUUCUUUGAUUUUUGAUUUCAUUUACCAUGCCCAAGCCAACCCCUCAACAAUUUUAUAAAAAGAAUUAGCAAAUUAGCAACUGAUGGCUUAAUGUCUUUUUCAUGAGGAAGUAGGUCUUUUUUGUCAAGUAUCCAGCCCAAUCUUUCAGAGAAACUUGCAUUUGACCGAACAAUCAGAGUUUUCCUAAAAAUUGCACACAGCAGAAAUGCAAUGUGUUGGAAUUAGAGGUAAAGAGCCAACAGGUCUGUUAUUUUAUCUGAAGAAGUCACCACUUUGUGUUGCUUCAAAGUGUUCUUGGGCCUUCCAAUAAAUUAUUUCCAAAGCCUGGACUUUUCUUUAAGCGAGCUGACAUACCUGACAUUGUAACCUUAUUGGCAUCUGUUUUAAGUGUUAACAUUUAACCAGCCUGUUAGUAAAGCAGCAUAGGACUCCACUGUUUUGUUGCUAGGGUUUUUAUAAACCGAAGUCAUAUAAUGAUGCUUUAUGGAGGUGAUUUUAUAAGGUUGUCUGUUUCACGGUUUCAAAGUCAAAGUGCUGGUUCUCAGUUCUUAAACUAGUUUCCUUAUUGUGUGGCAAAUAGUUGAUCCAGAGACUAAAAUAAACCAGUUUCUGCUCUCUGUAUAAGGGAUCCAGUUGUAGCCAGAGGAUACAGAGACCUCUCUUCCCACAAUCUCAACUCAGCAAGGGACAUUGUCAAAGCAGCAACGAAAUGCUGAACUCUUGCCUGCAAUUGAAUUCCAACCUUGACUGCUAUUUGACUCCCUCAUUUCCAUGGAGGUUUUAUUCUCCCCUGUGGGCAUAAGGACCAUCUCACAGAAGCACACCUCUUCAUCUCCUGGAGCACACAAGGAAAUUCGCAACCGUGACUGCCAUGGCUGGGAGAGAUGAAAAUUUGAGUGGAAGACCAACAAAAAUCACUUCAGUCCCUCACAGCAGCUGAGACUUCCAGUUGACAGCAGUGCCUUUGUUGACAGCGAGAGUUAACAUGUAACGGCCAACAUGAAUGGACAGCCAUACAUGACUGGUGCUAGCUGCACCUUUACAAAGCCGUUUCCAAUAAAUGGAGUAGGAAGGCAUUGGGACUUGGCUUGUCUAGAACAAUUUUCAGGUGAAACUGCCAAAAUGCAGUGAGUCAGAUGUUGAUUGUUAGGAUAUACAGUAUAAAUGGCAAGGUAUAAGAAUUUAAAUUAUUGCAUUUUAGGUUACAUUAUGAACACUCACGUGGUAGGAUUAAAUAAUGGCAGCUCCAGUAAGUCAAGACUGAUUUGUUUUUUUCUUUAUUAUAUAUAAAGGGAUCAUUACUCAGUGGGUGGAUGAAUAGUAAUAUUAAUGUAAAUGCACCUGAUUUUGCAUAUUUUUAGAAAAUAAAGUAACUUAAGAGAAGAAGGUCUCCAUUGUGCUAAUCCGAAACCAGUCUAAUAUAAACCUGCCAUCAUUACGAAAUUCACAGGCUACCAAAGACCUUGGAUGUUUAUGUGAGUUUGUCCCUUAGUGGCCAUAUAGAAUAAAAUCCUUCCUAAUCUCGGAUACCUGUGCUCACCUGAGACAUCUCCAGCACAUAUCUAAUGAUACGAUUUCAGUUUGGGUCAAGGGUUUGGAACGGUGAAUACCACAGGGAGAGCUGUUGGAUACAUGUUCUGAGGUUUCAUAUCUCAAUAUCAAGGAGGAAAGAGGUAGAGUAAGUACUUGCCCUCCAACCACUUUCUUGGACUGGGGAUGUUGGACACCACCAUGUUUAAUUGUAAAUUAUCUGAAUUGUGGGAGAAAAAUCUAUACCUGUUCUAACUGAAUGUAUAUUCGAUGUGGAAUUACAGUUUGUAGAUAUUUUAGUGCAAGUCUGGAGUAAAGGAUCUUUCUUAUUUCAAACAGCAGCCUAAAUAUUCAAUAUUUUAUAGUCUUGAAGCAAUGGGACACUUCAUACCAAUACAACCACGAUCCAUGUAACAACAUCUUAGCUAGUUCCUACAAUCUUUUUUUUUUAAAAGUCUUUGCAAUAAAAAGAAAUUCCUGGAAUGAAUUUUAAUGUGCACCUGCACACUUUAGUUAGUCAGUUGACAUGGGAAGAUUUGAUGCUGAAUAUAAUCAAUGAUAUUAAAGCCAUAUAACUGGGUGAUUUUAAAAUGAAUAGUCUGUUCACCUGAUUAUUACUGAGUUACUCAUUUCCUCUACUUGUAAGUAAAACUUCCAGCCCUGACAGACAGUUUAAGUUCAAGUUGAUUUGAAACAACUUGCCAAAAACAAGUCCUAUCUUUAUUUUUAUUUUAAUGUAAUUAAGUUUCAGUGUGACUAAGUGUCUAGCUAUAAUGUAGUAGUUAGCACUAAUUUAAGGCUACAUGAUCAAAUGGCAUUUCUGAAUAUUUUUAAUCUUGGGUUAUACAUCUGGGAAUCUGAAUUCCUUACACUAGUGCAAAACUUGGCCUGAUGGUGUUAAAACUGGAAAAAAAAAGGUAAUUUAUGUAUAAUUCCAGCUGUGGGGUAUUAAUGCAGUUGGCAUUAUAUGCAGGCAUGAGGUGUCUAAGUCAAUAACCUAAGCAAAAUGGCUAGCAGAACCUAAUCUGACACAAAAGUGCUUUACAGAUCAGCUAGCUGGAGAAACCAGGAUAGAGGAUGAAAUUCAAAACCUAGCUCCUUUUUGGCUUAGUGUUACAUUUCUCUGGUGUUGCCGACCCUCGUCUCAGCAGCAUUGGGGUAAUACACAUCAUGCUGGGCUUUUAAUGGGUAUAUAGGGAAGGUGCAGUUGAAGGCUAAAGACUAAUUGGCUGAAACAACAACAAUAUUUGUCUUGCAGUUGCACUUUGAAGUAAUUUUUAGACAUUAUGUUUUUUGUUUUUCUCACCUUAAACAUCAAUUUAGGAAAGGAAUUUAAAUGUAAACAGUGGGACAGCUUAGGGAUUGGGGUUUAUUUAUUUUACAGUUAGACUUUAUGAAAACUGAAAUGUCAGCUAUUUAUUUUUAACGUGCUUUCUCUGUGGGUUCAUUCUAAGUUGCCUUUUGUGUUUUAAAUUUUGAAGUACGGUCUUAAACAUUUGAAGAAUUUGCUUGGACAACUUGUGUAUGAGUUGAUUGUAUCCAUGGAGAUUUUGAAAUGUAUGGAAACUAUCACUUGCAUACUGUAUAACAAAAAUAAUUUAAAAAAGAAAAAUUGCAACUGCUUUAAUUAGACACGUAAAACCUGUACUGACAAGCAUAUCGACCCAGAAAUGUAUGUGAGGACCAAACCUACUACCAUAUCUGAUGUUUUAGAACAUCAGGAAUGGACAACUAAUGAUUUUCUGCAGUUAGCAGCUAGGAACUUAGAAGGGAGUGUUAUAUUGAGAAGUUAAUCUAAGCUAACGAAAUACUGUGUUUUGUUUGUUAACUGCAUCACCUGAAUUACUGCCUCUUUGAAACUGUUAGAGAUUUUACAAAGCCUAAGUUAAUGAGCUUGCACAAUCUUGCACACGGGAAAAAUGUAUACUGUCUUUAAGGAGAUUAAUGUAAUAUAUCAAUCCAUAAUGCUAAUUAAAGGGAGCCUUUUAUCCCAUUGUUGGUGUCUGCUGGU